UUUGACACAAUGUUAGUCAUUUACAUAAUUCUAAUACUUAGUUUUAGUGAUAAAGGCACAAGUUUAAAAGGUCUUAAAGUAUGUGAAGACACACAAAGGAAUAUAGAGUAUUGUUGUUCUGGCUAUGAAGACAUAAAUGGUACAUGUACAGAGUGCAAAAUUGGUUUUAUGUCAAUAGGAGGAAACUCGUGUACCCAUUGUCCAAACAACAGAUUUGGAGAAAGAUGUGUUAACCUUUGCAACUGCAAUCAGAAUGAAGAAAGGUGUGAUCAUAUGAAUGGGUGCGUUCAAAAGUUUGAAGUUGGCGAAAAUGUCAAUUAUACAACAAGAGCUGUGGUGGGAAACCAUUCCGAAUCAAUGACGGUAUUUGAAUUGAACGUGCUUAUCUUCUGGGCUGCAAUAUUUGGCGUACUGGUUAUGAUUGGAGGCUGUUUGGGCUUUACCUGCUUUUGUAAAAAACGAAACAAGAUAAAUGCGAUUAGGAUCAUUGGAGAAAACGGAUAUCCAAACGUUUCCGUAAAUGCAGGUCAUAAUGCAUUUCAGUUGACCGACGACACACAUGUAGCUAGUAGCUCAUAUUUACAAGUCAUAAAUGGAUCGUAUGGCACUAUCAUUGAUAACAGUGGAAAUGAAGAUCACUGCAGGCAUCUCAACUCGUAUGUUACUGUGGUCCCUACAACCAGCGAUACACAUCACUACAUGAACUAUGAAUAGAGGAAACAACAAAUCCGUGAUACAUUAUCCUAUCUUUAUUCAUGUAUUUAUAUUUCUAGAAAUAAAUAAUAAAAACUAAAUAAUAAGAAAUUGAGAAUUUCUAUGGACAGUCAAAUAUUCGUAUUGCUUGUCAAACAGAAAAAGACGACUAUUUUCAUUUCCGUCUUCCAUUUUCAAUUU